AUAACCAGGCAACCAAUGAAACUGGUUGGAGUAGAUGGCAUCCCUUCUGCCUCGCCCAAUUGCAUCGUUUUCAACAUCCAAAAACCGAAAUCAGAGGGUUAGAUAAGACAAAAAUCACCCGACGAGAAAGCGCUGUUGUCUUCUCCCGCUUCUUGCCAGACACGUCAAUCAUAUUGCAAUAGGCUACGCAGUUAUGGUUGCAUCUCAAAUAAAGAAAACAUUAAGGAGCAUGAAAGCAAUGGACAAAACACCGCUAGCAGAAGAUGCGUAUGAUGAUGCUCCGAAAGAGGGCCCGGAACCUUCAAGACAAAUAGUCUGGAGAAACGUUGUGUUAAUGUCUCUAUUACACAUAGGAGCGCUUUAUGGACUGAUCCUUAUUCCAUCCACCUCUUCCUUAACCCUCAUGUGGAGUGGGGUGUGUUUCAUGAUAAGUGCUCUAGGAAUUACUGCUGGUGUCCAUCGCCUUUGGAGCCACAGGUCCUACAAAGCCUCACUGCCAUUGCGGAUCUUCCUAGCAGUCGCAAACUCUAUGGCUUUUCAGAAUGAUAUCUAUGAGUGGGCCAGAGAUCAUCGCGUUCACCAUAAGUUUUCGGAGACCGAUGCAGACCCCCACAAUGCUCGGAGGGGAUUUUUCUUCGCUCACAUUGGCUGGCUGCUGGUCCGUAAACACCCAGAUGUUAUUAAGAAAGGAAGCAGGCUGGAUCUCAGUGAUCUUGAAGCAGAUGGAGUUGUAAUGUUUCAGAGGAGAUAUUACAAGUUGUCUGUGGUGGUGGUGUGUUUCCUUAUCCCCACGGUUGUACCAUGGUUCUUUUGGCAAGAGAGUCUUUGGGUGGGUUACCUCAUCCCUGGUCUGUUGAGAUACACAGUUGUCCUCAAUGUGAGCUGGCUGGUCAACAGUGCAGCUCACAUGUGGGGAAUGAGACCCUAUGACCAAAACAUCAACCCUAGAGAGAACAAACUGGUUGCCUUCAGUGCCAUUGGUGAAGGGUUUCACAACUACCAUCACACAUUCCCACAUGAUUAUGCUACAAGUGAGUUUGGCAGUCGACUGAAUGUGACCAAAGCAUUCAUAGACCUCAUGUGCUACUUUGGCCUGGCCUCGGACUGCAGAAAGAUGCCCCGUGAGACCAUCAUGGCCCGUGUUAAACGCACCGGUGAUGGCAGCCACAAAAGUGGUUAAAUUAUUAAUUUCGUAUACUGAACGAAAAAGUUACGGUAAGCCAAAAUGUAUAAAUGCAUUAGCAGCAUUUCACAGUGUUCAGUGAAGGUUACGUAUCCACUUUCAUAAGAUGAGAAAUUCCAGAGUGCAUAAGACUAACAUUCAUUCUGAAAACCUUUUUUCCUUUUCAUGAUGUGUUUUGGAGUAUGAGGAUGGGUUGUUUAUGAUAAAAAACAUACAUUGAGAGAAUAAUUAUGCCGCAGUCUGCCUCAAGUGGCAGGAGAUGGUACUACUUUGUGUGUCUCAUUGCAGCUCUCUCAGGUUGACCCAUGUAUUUUUUUUGGAUAAACUGCUCUGAAGUAGAAAUAGAAUUCCAGCAUGAUAUUAAGUUGUAAAAUUAAGAUGACAUGAUAUUAAUAAUCACCUGGCUUUAUUUUGCAUUCUCUGGUUUCUAGUGAUAAAAGCUGCUAUUUGAAAUAUGAUUAACUCUAAGUAUAAGCUCUUAGUCACAAGUCUGGAGUGUUGCUGUGCCACAGAAAAUGGGUCUUGAGGGUUAUUUGGUAAUCUUAAUGUAACCAAACAUUUUCAUAUUAAUACAUAAUAUAAUUGCAUUGAGCUUUAGAAUAAUAACCUUUUAUCAGUACGGACAGCAUAAAUGGAAAUGUUGUGGAUCAUUCAUCUUCUGGCAUUGUUGUUAGAAACAUUGGCGAUAACCAUGAAAUGAUGCUAAAUACCAAGUCAAAAGUCACAUUUUGGAUAAAUGGUGCUAAUGAUGAGGAAUUUCCUAAUUCACCACAAACUUUUAAGUAACAUUUAUCAUUUUAAUACACCUGACAAAUAUGAUGAACAGGUGUAUGGUGACAUGUUUUAAAACAAUUGCGCUUAAGCAACACGUGCUAUAAUAUUUAGUUUAUCUGUUGAGGUAACCGUAGUAUAGGCUAUUAAUCCAUUACAGAUUUAAUAUGGGACUUUUAUUUGUCUUUAUAAAUGGAACAUUUAUAUAUUUAAAAGUUCAUGACAUGCCUUUUGUCUUAAAAAAUAAAUACAUUCAACUAUUUUGCCUAUACUCAAAAUUGGAACACAAAGAUGAUGAUGCCUAACUUUCCAAUUUUCCAAGUGGGCUUUUCUCGACUCUUCUCUGAAAAAUGAAUAACCAAUUGCUCGCUCAAAAUACACA